CACAAAACACGUAAACCCUGCCAACACCAAAACCCCUAAUUUUUGCAGAGAAGGAAGACUGAGGCAGAAAGGCUGCUGCUUGGUGAAGGAUAAAAAUUUUGCAACUUUUUUUUUAUAUUUCAAAGUUUAUCGAAUACAGAGUAAGCUAACCAGAUUAAUGGAGGUCGACAUGGAAGGCGAAGCUGAGCAUCAAAAGGAAGUCAGCAGCAACAACGUUAUGUGCCAAUUAUCGGACCCAGAAGGCGCCACUUUGGGUCCUGCAAUGUAUCUUCCUCAGAGUGCUGGACCUAAAGAACUCACUCAAAUUGUCAAUCAACUUCUUCACAAUGAAGAAAGGUUCCCUUAUGCAUUUUAUGUAUCAGACCAAGAGCUUUUAGAGGACCUUUCAUCUUAUUUAACAAGAAAAAAGGUAUCGGUGGAGAAGGUCCUCACCAUAGUGUAUCAGCCUCAAGCCGUUUUCCGCAUUCGUCCAGUUUCUCGUUGUUCCGCAACAAUUGCUGGUCAUACAGAAGCUGUGCUUUCGGUUGCCUUUAGUCCUGAUGGACAGCAGCUUGCUAGUGGUUCCGGAGAUACGACUGUUCGUUUGUGGGAUCUAAGUACUCAGACACCUUUAUUCACAUGUAAAGGGCACAAGAAUUGGGUUCUUUGUAUUGCGUGGUCACCUGAUGGCAAAUAUCUUGUUAGCGGUAGCAAGUCUGGAGAACUGCAGUGCUGGGACCCUAAGACCGGGUUGCCGUCGGGAAAUCAGCUUAUUGGUCAUAAAAAAUGGAUAACUGGAAUAUCCUGGGAGCCAGUGCAUCUAAAUUCCCCAUGUCGCCGUUUCGUUAGUGCUAGCAAAGAUGGUGAUGCACGAAUAUGGGAUGCUACCUCGAGAAGAUGUCUGAUUGUUCUUACCGGUCACACCCUUGCAGUGACUUGUGUGAAAUGGGGUGGGGAUGGUGUUAUAUAUACUGGAUCUCAAGAUUGCACAAUCAAAGUAUGGGAGACAACGCAGGGAAAGCUAAUACGUGAAUUAAAGGGUCAUGGUCAUUGGGUAAAUUCGCUGGCAUUGAGCACAGAGUAUGUUCUGCGAACUGGUGCUUUUGAUCAUACUGGUAAACAGUUCUCAUCUCCUGAGGAAAUGAAGAAGGUAGCUUUAGAAAGGUAUAACAAAAUGAGGGGUACUGCUCCAGAGAGAUUGGUCUCUGGUUCAGAUGAUUUCACUAUGUUUUUGUGGGAGCCUUCUGUUAGCAAGCAUCCUAAAGCUCGUAUGACAGGACAUCAGCAGCUUGUGAAUCAUGUCUACUUUUCUCCUGAUGGAAAGUGGAUUGCCAGCGCCUCAUUUGAUAAGUCUGUCAAACUCUGGAAUGGUGCCACAGGGAACUUCGUUGCAGCUUUCCGAGGUCAUGUGGGACCUGUCUAUCAAAUAAGUUGGUCUGCUGACAGUCGUCUACUCUUAAGUGGGAGCAAAGAUUCGACUUUGAAGGUUUGGGAUAUCCGCACGCAAAAGUUAAAACAAGACCUUCCAGGACAUGCCGAUGAGGUUUUCGCAGUUGAUUGGAGUCCAGACGGUGAAAAAGUAGCAUCUGGUGGUAGAGAUAGAGUUCUGAAAUUGUGGAUGGGAUAGAUAGCUACCCUUAGCAAACGCAGAAAAUUUGCGCUGCUGCGUGACUUCCAUGCCCAAGUAAAGUUAAUACUACUUCCGUCCCGAAAAAAAUAGUUCACGUUGAAUUUUCAAAUUUGUACUAAAAACAGUACAAUACUCAAAACUUGAUGUGGACUAUUUUUGUGGGACGGGAGAGUAUUAUUUAGAUUUAAAUCAAACUUAUCAAUUGUUCAUUGAUUGAAAAGAAAUUUUGACUUAAAUAUGGUUACGUGGAAAACGGAAAUUUUGUAAUUCAUUGCGAUCUUUUAUUAGUCGAUUGGGCAGUUGUACUAUAAGGGAACUAAUUCUGUCAUUAGUCGCGCGUCACCCUAAUUUGGUAUGAGUAUUUUGUUUUCUGGUUAAGUUGGAUUUGUUAUUUUGGAGAAUUUGUAAUUUCAAAAAUUCAUUGUUGAUUAUUUGAUUAAUUCACAUUGUAAAUAUCGGCACGAGUUCUUGUCUAUUAUAUCCGUUCCAUAAUCAAGAAAGAUCAGUUCUUACAAG